AUGCAUCUGCAACAACCGCAGCCUACGCAUACGAGUUCCUGGAAGUUUGGAGAGAAGAUCCACGGACUACAGAAAUCGAUUACCUGCAAAAUUCAGCGAGCGAUACCCCUUGAGAUCACCUCUCGAGUAAAUGACCAUUCUGCGCAAUAUCAGACGAAUACCAUCUCCGCUGCAGCUGCUUCGGCCCUCCUCAUAGAGGACUGUGCUCGAAGAAGUCGAUAUAAAGUGGGAAUCAUUUGCGCCCUGCCCAAGGAACCAAUGGCAGUGAGAGCGGUUUUUGACGAGACUCGCCCUGGUCGAAAGAAGAACAAAGACGACACCAAUAUGUACGCGUUUGGCAAGAUGGGGCACCAUGAUAUUAUCGCGACUUGUCUUGCAGAGUAUGGAAUCAACAGCGCGGCAGUGGUCGCUGUACAUAUGAAGCGUAGUUUCAGAAUUCGUUUCUGCCUUUUGGUCGGCAUUGACGGUGGUGUACCCUCAGCACAAGAUGAUAUUUGCCUUGGGGAUGUUGUCGUGGGAAAGUAUAUUGUCUAG